AUGGAACGAAUAGCUAAGGACUUUGAGAAGAUCAGGUGUUUUGAAGAAUGGGUUGUGAAAUACAAGCAAUGCAAAGAAAAAAUAGCAGAGGUAGAGGAGGAAAUAAAAAAGAUGGAGGAUGAGUUAAGUGCAUCAUCUACACAGGAUAUACAGGACAAAAUUGAAGAGACUAGGAUGCAGUAUGAUGCCGUUCUUAGGGAAAUUGAGAUAUUUCGACUUGAGUCUUCUGAUUGCACCGAUAUAAGUGAGCUCAGGAAUGUAUUUUUGAAGGUCAAAGACAUUGAGAUCUUGAAGAGAAAGUUUAUUGAUUUUCUAAAGGAAUUAGUAGAAUACAAGGUUAUGCCUGCAGAUGAGAUAAAACAUUCAAGGGAAGAACUGGCUUGCGAAGAUCUCAUAGAAGAUGGAAAGAAACGUAUCAUUGCUGUGAGUCAAGAAGUGGAGCAAGUGUUUUUGAUUGCUAGCGAGCACCAUGAAGUAACAACUGUAUGCAGAGAGGUAUUGAAGUCGCUUUUCUGCAAAUAUGCAAGAGAAACCUUGCCAAUAGAUAUGAAUGUGUUUGAGUCAAAUGACAAGCUGUACUUUGUAUGCCAUAUACACAAUGCAACUGAUGGAACAAAUAAUAUUCCUGAGUUAUUAUGCAAUGCAAGUCAAAAGAAUAUCAGAGAUGUGAAAGAAUUUACAGAGAUAUUUAAUGCAAUAAUUGGAUGCUUCAAAGAAAAUCUAAGAGCGAUGGUUAUACAAAAGAUGCUUUCUGAUGAAGAAGUAAGUGUAAACAACAGACUGUUUGAAGGUACAGAUGCGUAUAUACAGAACUGUUCUGAAUGGAGACUUGAUAUUGUCAUGAGAGAGAUCAUUGAUAUAACAAAGUCAAACCCUGGGGAAGAUGUUGUGGAGGUUGAAAAUGUUAGUGAAAGGCUUCCGAAGCAUAUAUCGCUUAGAUACAAACGAUUUGUUGAUUGCUUUGAGAUGUUCAGAAGCAGCAGAUCUAAGCGGCAUGACAAGGGAACGAAGGUUGUUGACAGGGCAAUAAUGAAGAUGUUUGAUGUGAAGUAUGACAAUAAGUAUAUGCAGCAAAUGUUUUGUGAAUUUGCAGACAUGAGCCACUUUGUGAGAACGUAUCCUAACCAUAGUCUUUGUGAAGAGCUGAUGAAGAGGAAGGAAGAGAUGUUUUUCUGGAUUGUAAAGGAUGCAUCGAGAGUGAAGAUAAGUUUGGAGGAUCCUGUAAUAUCGAUGAAGAUGCACUUUCGAGAGAAGUAUGUCGACUUCAUGGAGAAUGUGAGCAUGUUUGUACCGAAGAUUAAUAAGAGCUUGUUUGAAAUACAGUUUUUUGAGACGUUGAACUCGUGCAUGAUGGCAAAGAUUGUAGAGCUCGGGCCUGUUAGUGGGAAAACACGGAGAUCUGUAGCAGAGCUGAUUGAGUAUGUUCUUGAUUUUUGUUUCCAUCUUCCAGCAGGGGUGGUGAUGAAUCGCAAAAAGCUCAAGAUGUAUGGUUUAGCACUAUCUCUUGGAAAAGAGGAGCUUCUGAGGCAAUAUGAGCAAGGGAGUGUGAAUAUAUCGGAAGGAGAGCUAGAUAAGCUAUGUUCAUUGUACUAG